AUGUUGAGCAAAGACGUGCUGCUGGCCGCGCCUGAAAUGCUGCACCCCAAAUUCUUUCCUUUCGCCACCCCCACGCCGGACGGAAAGAGGAUUGUGGUAUUUUCAUCUAAGAUGCCAUUUCCCACCGAGAAUCCUAAUGAACAAAUCGACUUCGAGGUGUACGAUCCCAAAAAAGGGGGCGGCUAUCCAUGGCGAAAGCUCCCGUCUUUACGGGAUAGCCUGCAUGGGACGCGGCGCGACAUUGAAAUACUAGGAUUCACGUUCGUCACGAACUCCAAAAUGCUUUUCCGAACCACUGAAGGAAUUUUUGUAUUUGAUAUCGAUGUGCCGGAUCUCGGUUGGCGUAAGGAGGAUUUAUAUUUUGGGGCCAAGAAAGUCCCUUUCGGAGGACCUUUUUUUGUAAUCGGUGAUGAUGAUGAUGAUGAUGAGAUUCAGCUGUGCGUGGCUGGUACCGGGGCUUACGACAUUUCCUCUUGGGCCCAGAGGGAGUACAGGGAACGCCUGUUUGAUUGGAGCAAGGCCUCUCAAUUUCCUAUAUCAUCGUUCGCUCGGGAUUUCAGGUUCGAAGUACGGCGUUUUAUCAAGACCGAUGUGGUUUAUAACGAGGAGCGUCGCCAUCUUCAGGUGGUGCACUUGCAAACGGCGGUAGAAAAGGACACUUGGAUCGCAUACAUACUUUUGGAUGUGUCUGAAUAUAAUCUCGAGAAAUACGAAGAGAAUUAUAGGAAGGAAGUUGUGGAGGGAGAAGGUCCUGAGAAGAAGAAGUGCCUGUUGAAUGCUAGCGUUGUGAAGUCAUUCAAGUUCAAGCUUGACAGAGAGAUGUGCUGGAGUUUUAUUCCGGACUGUCUGUCAGUUAUUCAAGCUUAA